ACAUGCAGGCAUCAGCCUUUGGCCCCAUUUGAUCCUGCUGGCACAUCUCAAAACGCCCGCAAACACGCACGCGCGUGCGCCCGCCGCGCGCAGACACAAAUGGGGUCGUCUUCUUAAACAAGACCCAACAGGGAAAGCAGGAGGAAACAUUUGGACUCUCUUGUUGGACAAGAAGGAGAAAGAGAAGAAGGAGGAGGUGUCUUGUCUGCCCGUGCAUUCUCUCUCGCUCGCUCUCUUUCUCUGCCUCGCUCUCUCGUUCUCUCUCUCUUUCUCUCUCCAUCAGCGAGUCUCCCGCCACAGGAGCCAAGAGUUGCCGUUCCGAGCGCCGAUGCCAAAACGCACACAAGGAGCCGGUGCCAAAGGGUCAUUUUUUUUUCCAGUGCACCACCACCACCACCACCACCAGCACCAGCAGCGGAAAGAGGAAGGUGCUUGCAGCGGGAUCCUAAAUUAACACUGACAAGAAAGCGGCAUCGCGGCGCAGGAUUUCGCAGCUUUUUGUUUUGGUUUUGGCAUUGUGGCUUCUUCCUGCUCCCGCUGCGCGCGUCCAGGUGUUUUGUCUGCCCCGAAGAAGGACAGCGCAGCGCAGCGCGUAGCCUGCAUCCUUUUUCUGCCCGCCAAACUUGCGCAGCAAUUGUCGAGGAAGACGCGCAAAUAAAAUAAAACACACAUUUUAAAAAGAGGAGUAAGGGUCCGGUCCACGCGAGAGCCACAGCAGACCGACACAACGGUCCGAGCCGACUCCAAGUGCCGUUCACCGGGCAAUGCCAGAGUAAAUGCCGGGGCGAUGUCCCGCCGCAAGCAGGUGAACCCGCAGCACUUGUCAUUGAGCCACCGGGAGACGGCACCAGCCGACGCCAAUGACGCCACGGCGAGAUCCCCGUCGCCAGUCCCGGCCGCCGCGCUCCGGGGCCCCGAGGAGCACGACCUGCUGACGUGCGGCCAGUGCCAGACCAACUUCCCGCUGGGCGACAUCCUGGUCUUCAUCGAGCACAAGCGGCGCCUGUGCCGUGGCCCCCCGCAGGGGGCGCCGGGCUCCUUCUCCGCCAAGCCCGGGGAGGCGGGCGGCGCCGCCAGCAUCCCCAUCUCCCCGCGGGGCCACGCCCUGGAGAUGGGGAGGCGAGCCCCGAUGCUGCCCGUGGAGGUGGGUGUGCAGGUGACGCCCUGCAGGGACGACGACGCCCACAGGAGGCUGACUCCGGCCAAGGGGCUCUGCCCUAAACAAGAGAAAGGAGACAAAGACGAGCCAUCCAGCUACAUCUGCACCAGCUGCAAGCAGACCUUCACCAGCGCCUGGUUUCUCCUCCAGCACGCCCAGCACACUCAUGGAAUCCGCAUCUACCUGGACAACCACCUGGCCAACUGCUCGCUCACCCCCCGCAUGGCCCUGCCGCCCCCGCCGGGCGCUGACGCCCUGCCCCGCUCGCCCCUGCCCACCUUCUUGGGCGACACCAACAAUCCCUUCCACCUCCUGCGUAUGGCCGCGCCCUUGCUCAGGGAACACCCCCCGCCACCGGGCUUCAUGGAGACCCGGCUCCCGGCCACUCCGCCCUUUGUGAGUCCGCCGCCCCCUCCCAGGCCCCCGCUGGAGCGGCUGGGCCCUGAAGAGAUGGGGCUGCUCUCCCAGCACCCCAGUGCCUUUGAAAGGGUGAUGCGCCUGACCCCCAUGGAGCCCCCGUCCAUGGACUUCUCGCGGCGUCUGAGGGAGCUGGCGGGUAACACCAACAACAACGGAGGGCCCACGCCGCCCUUGUCUCCUAACCGCGUGCCACCCAUGCACCGCCUGCUAAGUCCCACGCUCUUCCAGCCGGGCUCCAAGCCGCCGGCCUUUCUCACCUACGGCCCGCAGCCGCCCACUCCCCAGGGUGGGCACGGCUCCUCCAGUCCCCCCGACUCACAGGGUCAGAACCAGUCGGCGGGGAAAUCCAAAUCCUGCGAAUUCUGCGGCAAGAUCUUCAAGUUCCAGAGCAACCUGAUCGUGCACCGCCGCAGCCACACCGGAGAGAGGCCGUACAAGUGCCACCUGUGCGACCACGCCUGCUCCCAAGCCAGCAAGCUCAAGAGGCACAUGAAGACACACAUGCACAACAAGUCCGGCUCCAUGGGCGACUCCCCCGAGGCGGAAAACCGAGGAGACGGAGGCGAGGGCGAAGACAAGCUCCGGGAGGGCGACGGAAGAGUGGCGGGGAUGGAAAAUGAGGAGGAGGAAGAAGAGGAGGAGGAGGAAGAGGAGGAAGAAGAGGAAGAGGAAGAGCUAAGGAACGGAAGGCCAGAUUCCAACCUGAGCGAGGACUCCCAAGAGUUCAACCCCAAUCGGGAAAACGGGCCCAGGCAGUCUCCCAAGGAGAAGCUCCUGGGCCCCGAGCGAGUAGGUGAGAGCGGCGGGGUGGGCAUCAUGCACCCUUACAACCAUCUUGACAAUCAUCUCAGACUGAACCCCAACAAGAGGAGCAUGGAGAGGCAGCCCAACGGCGACGGCACCAACGGGGGCGAGCCGGAGCGAGAGCGGCAGAGCGACAGGGAGGCCAUGAGGGAGCCGGACAAGCCGGAGCCCAGGCCCGUGAUGAACGGCAGGAUGGGCGUAUCCGAAGUCGAGUCCUUCUCGGGACUCUUCCAGCGCCGACCCACGCCCAUCACCAGCCCGUCCAACAACAAGAGGAUCAAGAUCGAGCGAGAGCAGUUGGAACUGCCGCCGGCUCUGCCGCUCAUCUCGCCGGAAAACGUCUACUCACAGCUCCUGGCCGGGUACGCCGCCUCUCGCCACUUCAUCCGGGAGCCCUUCUUGGGCUUCACGGACUCACGCCAAUCCCCCUUCGCCACCUCUUCAGAGCACUCCUCCUCUGAGACGGGCAGCCUGCGCUUCUCCACGCCGCCGGGGGAGCUGAUGGAGGGCGGCAGCGCCUCGGGCCGAAGCGGGAGCAGCACGCCGCACCUCCUGCGGGGACCGGGGCCCGGCCGGCCGCCCAGCUCCAAAGACCGGCGCAACGACACCUGCGAGUACUGCGGCAAAGUGUUCAAGAACUGCAGCAACCUGACAGUGCACCGGCGCAGCCACACGGGCGAGAGGCCCUAUAAGUGCGACCUGUGCAGCUACGCCUGCGCCCAGAGCUCCAAGCUGACGCGCCACAUGAAGACGCACGGCCAGUUCGGCAAGGAGGUGUACCGUUGCGACAUCUGCCACAUGCCCUUCAGCGUCUACAGCACGCUGGAGAAACACAUGAAGAAGUGGCACGGCGAACAUUUGAUGGCGAGCGAGGUCAAACUGGAACAAGCCGAGCGAAGCUAAGCGUCUCUCACACACACAAACGUAGAGCACAGGUACACGCACUCGUCUCCUCUUAUGAUCUGCAAAAGUUGAAUGGCGCCAACUGGACCCGGGAAAUAAAUGGAUUUCAACUUUAGUCCGUAACGCUUCUUCAAUUCAGUCAUAAGUAGUGAUGAAGUUAAUUGUAAUUUUUUUUUCUGACACCUUUGGGUAUUUACAUAACUAAUUUCACAUGUUACCUAGCAAUAGCGUCCACACUUUUUGAAAAUUUACAAAACUGGCACAGUGUAGAGUCUCCACAAUUGAAGCUUUUGGAUCAAAAGUUGAAAUAUCAGCUAAGACAGCUAAGACAAAAAUCCAGUUGCCUCGAUUCAACUUUUGAGGAUUACCCUGACCCGGAUGACUGAGACUCUCUGCAGACAUCUUUCCUAUGACUACUUUGAACAAGGGGCAUGGCUGGAUAAGCUCUCUUUACGUAAAAAAAAAAAAAAAAAAUCAAAAAAAAAAAAAAAAAAAACUAAACUGAUUGAUGUUUCUUUUCUGUUUUUCUUUUUUUUUUAUUUCCCUGUCGCCUGAGAAUAUUAAAACUUUUAACCUUGUCCAGACACCUCUGAGGAUUUAAGGAAUUCCAUGGAGCCUUUCUACUGUGCAAUAAUUUCUGUAUUUAUUGUUUUUUUUUUGGGUAACAUUUGGCAUGUGCAGAUACAUCUUUUGUGUGUUUUUUUAAUGUGCUCAUUUUUUUUUUUUUUAAUUUUCUAAAAAAUAAUUGGCAAGGAGUCACCCUUAGUAACAAUGAUAAUCUAGUUUUGUCCUCUAAGGAAGCUUAUUAUCACGUGAGUGAGUAAAUGAUGUUUUCUAUAUGCUAAAUGCAGCAGCGGACUACAAUCUUGCCCCCUCCUCCCCAGCACUGCUCAAUAAUUGAUUUAAAAAAAAAUAAUAAUAAUAAUUAUAACGUGAAAACAUGCGCUUAAUCGUAAGCAAACACAGUUGCUGUGUUUGAUGUCGCCCAGGACGUAAAACUAUUCAGAAAAAAAAAAAGAACAGUUGCACUUAAUGCAUUUGCCCAUGUAAGAUUGAACCACCAUAUUUAAUAUGUCUGCUUGUUAAGUUAAAACUACUUGUGAUCCACGUGAGAGGGGAACAGUCCCGUUUAUGUAAAUAGAUGACCUUUUUUGGUUAAUUAAUAAAAAUCAAAAAACAAAAAAAAAACAUAUGCGCCCGACUGUUUUCCGAAAGAGGCGUACGAAAAACAAUCAAGAAGACCAGCUGCUCGCGUCGUCAUUCCGUUUGUGUGCGUGCGUGUGUGCAAAAAUGUGCGUUGUUGCCUCAGGCCCCGCCCACCUUCGCCCUUUUUAACUAUCCUAUUACGUUGCAGGGGAAAAUAAUUUUUUGCUAUCUUCUGCUUAACUCAAAAAAGGUUUAAUUUUUUUUUGCAAUUGAGUUGAUCAUUUUCAGGACUAUAUUGAUACAUAUUGGAAAUAUUCCCCCCCACACACACAAGGCCAACGUGAGCGACCGUCUUUAAAUAGCUUCUUAUCAUCAACUUUGUGCGCUUGGCUUAAUUAGUGUCAUCAGCACAUCCGGGAAAAUGAUUUAUUUCACGCUACCUGCACACGCCCAGAGUCAAACUGACCCAGUAACAUUUUUUUGUUCUUUCUCUGGCUGACAAUGUCAUGUCACAGGAGGUUUAACAAAAGCCAUUCAGCAUGAAAAUGAACACGGAGGCAAGAAAAUAACCGCAAAAUAAUAAAAGAUCGGAGUUAUGAUAAUGUUGAGCACAUCUGGCUGCGUGACCUUGAAGGAGUCCCCCUCCCCGACUUGUUGUCAAAAUGAAAGGCAGAAGGAUGAAGAUGUGUGAGCGGCAUUGGCGGCGGGACCUUGACCAAGCACACAAGAGUCAUUCAAAUCAAAUUGGAAGCAUAUGAAAUAUGUUUUUUUUUUUUUUUUUUGGACGGGCCGCAUCUUCUUUUCGGGAGGGAGUGAAGACAGCAAAAGCCACAUGAAAGCAGCAGAUGCCAUAUUUCAUUUAGGAAAAAAAUAAAAUAAAUGUUCUCGUCCUCUUUUGUGUUCCAAUCGGGGGGGGAGAGAAAAAAAAAUCCCUGAAUUUUGAUCGGGAAUUCACACGAAAGUAUGCCAGCCGUGAAAUGUACUUGCUUAGUGCAAAUAAUAAGUCUUGUAUGUUGGUGGAGGGACUUUAAAGUUACACAAUCAUGUCAAAGUCAGGUGCCAUAUUUUGUUUCCAAAAAAAAAAAUAAACGAGGACUUGCAGGGA